AUGCAUCAACAUUUCGACGAUCUCGAAGGUGUUGAAACGGAUAUUGACGACAUCCUUAUUCACGGAACAGCAGAAGAAGAGCAUUAUCGACGCCUCGAAUCAGUCUUAGAAAGAUGUCAGAAGAUCAAUUUAACCUUAAACAAAGAGAAAUGUGAAUUCAAGUCCAGAGAAAUUACAUAUUUGGACACAAACUGGCAGAAAAUGGCGUUAAACCCGAUGAAGCGAAAGUUAAAGCUGUUAACGAAAUGGAAGCACCAACAGGCAGAAAAGGUGUAGAGAGACUGCUUGGAACUGUGAACUAUUUAGGAAAAAUUAUUCCAAACUUAACAACCCUUACCAAACCAAUCAGAUCGUUGUUGAAGAAUUAGAUCGAAUUUCAGUGGUCUUUCGAGCAACAGAAAACAUUUCAGGAUAUUAAGGAUACUCUCGCCAAAGAUGAAGGUCCAGUAUUAAAGUUUUUUGAUGUAUCGAAACCUACAGGUUUGGGAGUAAUUUUGUUGCAGGAUGGCUACCCAGUUGCGUACGCGUGAAAGUCGUUGAUAGAAACCGAAUCAAGGUACGCCCAGAUAGAAAAAGAACUUCUGGCCGUGCAAUUCAGUCUUGAUCGAUUUCAUCAAUAUGUGUACGGAAAGGAAGUUAUUGUCGAGUCAGAUCAUAAGCCUCCGGAGAUGAUAACAAUGAAAUCGCUGGCGUUAGCUCCUCCUCGUUUGCAGAGAUUAGUCCUGAGAAUACAGAGGUACACUACUACACUAUCGUCUACAAAUCAGCUAAAGAAAUGGCACUGCCAGAUAUGUUGUCAGAGGCUCCAUUACCCGAAACUGACGAGGAAAUGGAAAAAGUGAUUAAUCUGCACGUACAUCUUGUAAGUUAAACCCUACCAACUUCAUAAUUCAAAUUAGAAGAAAUUAGAGAAGUAACAAAGACCGUUGUCAGUCCUACCCUAUUAAUUGGAACAUUCGCGAUUAAUUGUCGAUGAUAGAUGGAAUCAUCUUGAAAGGCGACCGUAUUGUCGUACCAUUAGCAAUGACGAAAGAAAUGCUACAGAUAAUACAUGGGGAUCGAGAAAUGGAAACGAAUAGCUCGGGAUGCUUUUUAUUGGCCUUUGAUGAGCAAGCAGACAGCUGAAAUGUUAUCGAAGGGCACCGUAUGUCUUGAGCACAGAAAGGAGAAUACCAAAGAGCCUGUGAUAUCUUUCAGAGUACCAACCAUACUUUAAUUGGGAGGUGAUGGCAACAGAUUUACUUAGUUUGUACAACUUGGACUAUUUACUUAUUGUUGACUAUCAUUCUAGAUACUUUGAAGUUGUCAAGUUACCAGACACAAAGAGUUCAACGGUGAUCAAGUACACCGAGUCGAUAUUCUCCCGACAUGGGAUUCCUGCAGAAGUC